CGGGAGCUGUUGUCAACCGGGGUCUGGUGUGAGGACGUAAUUUUUAGAGGCAUGGAUUUUAAACGCCGCAAUGGUGGCCCUCUGAUGGGCGGAGCGUCUCAGGCCAAGCGAGGUAAAGCGGCCAGCGAAUGGGAGGACAGUCCUUCACAGUUUGAAGAGGAGUUGCUGAUGUUUGAGGAAGCAGAGAUGGAUGCAGAAGAGAUGGAGGGGCAAGCAGGACAUGACGUUAUUCCCGUAGGUGACCUUUUCUCAGCAGACCUUAACCCUCGUUGGAAACGGCCUAAUGCUCCUUCACUUGACCCAUCAUCUGAUACUUUGGUGUUUCAGCAGAUUGAUCUUGACCAUUAUUUAGGAGCAGCAGUAGCUGGGAUGCCUGGCCAGUUACAAGGAAAAGUCCCAAUUAUUCGGAUGUUUGGCGUAACAGACAACGGUAACAGUGUGUGCUGCCAUGUCCAUGGUUUUGCGCCUUACUUCUAUGUUCCUGCCCCAAGUGGGUUCACAUCUGCUUACUUGGGUGAAUUUCAAAGAGAGUUGAACUCUGUUGUUCUGAAGGACAUGCGGUCUAAUAAGGACAACAUCUCCGUCACGGUGUUGGCUGUAGACAUCACCCGCAAAGAGAACAUGUAUGGUUACCAUGGGAAUCAGAGUCUGGAGUUCUUGCGGAUAACGAUGGCCAUGCCUCGUCUCAUCGCCCCCGCAAAGAGACUGCUGGAACAGGGCUUUAAGUUUGGACCUUUUCCUCUCCAGUGCUACCAAGCCUUUGAGGCCAAUAUAGACUUUGAAAUCAGGUUUAUGGUGGACAGUGAUGUGGUGGGAUGCUGUUGGAUUGAACUUCCCAAAAGCAAAUACAGGCUGCGUGAAGAGAAGAGCCCGACUGACACAGAUUCUCAGUACCCAGGCAAGGUGUCUUUGUGUCAGUAUGAAGUCGAUGUGGGAUGGACAGAUUUGAUAAGUCACCCAGCAGAGGGAGACUGGCAGAGAAUCGCACCGCUUCGGGUCCUCAGCUUUGAUAUCGAGUGUGCAGGAAGAAAAGGAAUCUUCCCAGAAGCAGACAAAGAUCCUGUGAUUCAGAUAGCAUCCAUGGUGCAGCGGCAGGGUGAGACGGAGCCCUUCAUACGCACAGUAUUUACCCUUCAGUCCUGCGCCAGCAUUGUUGGCUCCCAGAUAUUGUGCUUUACGCAGGAGAAACAGUUACUACAGAGCUGGGCAGAGUUUUUGAGGACGGUGGACCCAGACAUCAUUACUGGAUACAACAUCCAGAACUUUGACUUUCCCUACUUGCUCAACAGGGCAGCUACUCUAAAGGUCAAUUUCUUUCCCUACUUGGGCCGUGUUCGAAACACUAAAUCAGUGUUGCGAGACUUGAAUUUCCAGAGCAAGCAGAUGGGCCGCAGAGAGAACAAGACCAUUAACAUGGAGGGCCGAGUUCAGUUUGAUCUGCUGCAGGUUCUCCUCAGAGACUAUAAACUGCGCUCGUACUCACUGAAUGCUGUGAGUUUCCAUUUUCUACAAGAGCAGAAGGAGGAUGUGCAACACUCCAUCAUCACAGAUCUACAGAACGGAAAUGAACAGACGCGUCGGCGUUUGGCCGUCUACUGCCUGAAAGACGCGUACCUCCCACUGCGCCUGCUGCAGAAGCUCAUGUGUGUGAUUAACUACAUGGAGAUGGCCAGAGUGACCGGUGUGCCGCUCACAUACCUGCUCUCAAGAGGGCAGCAGAUCAAAGUCGUCUCUCAGCUGCUGCGGCAGGCCAUGAAACAGGAUCUGGUGAUGCCCGUUGUAAAGACAGAAGGAGGAGAAGACUACACCGGGGCAACUGUCAUUGAGCCAGAGAAAGGAUAUUACAGCGUUCCCAUCGCCACCCUGGAUUUCUCUUCCUUGUAUCCGUCCAUCAUGAUGGCUCACAAUCUGUGCUACACCACGUUGCUGCAGAAAGGCUCAGUGGAGAAACUGGGCUUGUCACCAGACGACUUCAUCAAGACUCCCACAGGUGAUCGAUUUGUGAAGAGCUCGAUGAGGAAAGGGCUGCUUCCGGAGAUCCUGGAGAACCUUCUUUCUGCCCGAAAGAGGGCCAAAGCAGAGCUGAAGAAGGAAACGGACCCUUUCAAGAAGCAGGUGCUGGACGGCCGACAGCUGGCCCUGAAAAUCAGUGCAAACUCUGUGUAUGGCUUCACCGGUGCCCAGGUGGGGAAGCUGCCCUGCUUAGAGAUCUCACAGAGUGUCACUGGUUUUGGAAGACAGAUGAUUGAGACAACCAAACAGUUGGUGGAGUCCAAAUACACUCUAUCCAACGGCUACCAAGGUGAUGCCAAGGUGAUUUAUGGAGACACAGACUCUGUCAUGGUUAAACUUGGAGUUGCAACAGUCAGUGAGGCGAUGGAAAUUGGGAGGGAGGCAGCCGAGUGGGUGUCGUCCCAUUUCACACCACCCAUCAAACUGGAGUUUGAGAAGGUGUACUAUCCAUACCUGCUGAUCAAUAAGAAGCGCUACGCAGGCCUUUAUUUCUCCUCCAGCGCAGACACACAUGACAAGAUGGACUGUAAAGGCAUUGAGACUGUCCGGAGAGACAACUGCCCUCUGGUGGCGAACCUGAUCAACACCUGCCUGCAGAAAAUCCUCAUAGACAGGGAUCCCCAGGGUGCUGUGGAUCACGCCAAAGAAGUGAUUUCAGACCUGCUGUGCAAUCGCAUCGACAUCAGCCAGCUGGUCAUCACUAAGGAGCUAACGCGAACCGCCCAGGAGUACGCUGGCAAACAGGCGCACGUGGAGCUGGCAGAAAGGAUGAGGAAAAGGGAUGCAGGUAGCGCCCCGAAUCUUGGAGACCGAGUUCCAUACGUCAUCAUCAAGGCUGCUAAAGGAGCCGCAGCAUACAUGAAGUCUGAGGACCCCAUCUAUGUGCUGGAGAACAACAUUCCCAUCGACACACAAUACUACCUGGAGCAGCAGCUGUCCAAACCCCUGCUGAGAAUAUUUGAGCCCAUCCUGGGAGAGAGCAAAGCUGAGAGUGUCCUGCUCAAGGGCGACCACACGCGCUGCAAGACGGUGUUGACCUCAAAGAUUGGAGGCCUCAUGGCGUUUGCUCAGAAGAGAAGCACCUGCAUCGGCUGCAAAGCUGUGCUCAAAACUGAUGCGGCUGUGUGUGAUUUCUGUAAGAAGAAGGAGUCUGAACUGUACCAGAAAGAGAUUUUCCACCUGAACGCACUGGAGGAGCGUUUCUCUCGCCUGUGGACUCAGUGUCAGCGCUGUCAAGGCUCCCUUCACGAGGAUGUGCUCUGUACCAGCCGGGAUUGUCCCAUCUUCUACAUGAGGAAGAAGGUUCAGAAGGAUUUGGAUGACCAGAGCAAACUGGUUUCUCGUUUUGGAUGGUGAGAGGAACGCACAUACUGACAGUUUAUGUGCCUCAUCUCACAUGAACUUGGACAUUCAUCCUCUCCCUUUAUUUCCUCAUUUUUUUUAUGUUCUUGUAAAAAUGCAUACAUAUCACACACUAUUUCUACAUUUUCUAUUAUUGAAUAAAAUGUCACUAAGUA